AUGGCGGAAGGAGGUGGAGGAGGCGGUUUGCCUCCGGACAAAGACAGAGAUAAAAGAAGCAUGAACGGAAAUGGCGGAAACAAAAUGGCGGAAGAAGAACCACGUGAAUCAUGUCUGUACACGUCUAGGGAUGCAGCACCGUACCGCGUGUUCAUCGAAAUAAUCGACAGUACGCAACGCAUCAACAAAUUUUCUGUAGGAUCAAUGUUGCGAAAAAUCGAAAAGUACCGAAACCAGAUCACGGAGUUAAAAGGAGAUAAGCAUCAAAACAAUUAUGUCAAGAAGAACUUAACAUACGUGGAAGCUAGAGAGCUGGUGGCUCCGAUCGAAAUGCAAAAUAAGUACGAUGUCUUGGCUAACAUUUCAGAAUUUCCAACGCUACCAAACACGUUCGCGAAAAUGACCGCUGGAAAAUACUCCAUCCGAAAUAACCAGCAAUCCCAGCAGAGGAACUACAACGUCAACAACAAACAGGAUGAAGCAACGUCAGGUAGUCUCAAGAAAGCGGCUAACGAAUCGACUGUAGCAGCAAAAAAAAUGAAACUCGACAAUGAACGACAGCAGCACAUCAGAGAUCGCAAUGCGGAUUCAACAUCACAAGGAGCUGGUCUGAACAAUCCUAUCGCCGUGAGCGAAAAGGAAAAAUGGGACCACAUCAUCAAGAAAGCAAAUGCUGACGCACUGGAAACAGCUAAUCGCAACGUCCGGGGCGAACUCGCGAACUUCUACACGGCUUUGCUUCAAUGCACCGGGGUCACGGAGGAACUACAGGAAAAAAUUAAAGAAUGUUCUAAGAAAUUUCUAAAUCUAGAUAGUAUCAUAGCAUAA